UGAGCCCGCUCAGUGGGCAUUACAAGGCCAACAGCGGUGCCUUCAGGUGGUUUGUUGCAUCCCUGCAGGCCGGAGGCGUGGAUUUGAGCCACGUCUCCAUUUCCAAGGUGCGUGAUCGACAAACGCUCAUGCGCCACUUUUUUUUGCGCUGACAAAAUCUCCUGCCGCGUUGCCAGGCUCUCUUGGCCUUGAUGGCGCUCGAGCAGUACGGCAAAUUGACCAAAAAGACGAAAGCGAAAAAGGCGAGCAAGAAGGAAGACAAGCAAAAUGCGAUCAUCGCUGGUGCUGGUAAAAAGAAGGACCAGGAAGCUGAUGCGCAAGGGCAGGCAUCGAGCGGAUCUGGCUCGCGCGAUGGUACAGCGCACGCUGCUGAGGUGAGAGCAGCGGAUAGCGCAGCAUCUGAGCAGACUUCGUUGGCACCGACGGAAGGAGACGACGAAGCUGCUUUUGAAGAGAAGCGCAAAGCGAAGCUGGAGAGGGAUAGGCCCAGGACUCUAUUCGAGCGGACUUUCGACAAGGCAGGACUUCGACAUCAACAAAGAGAGACGCGCACGAAGAAGUACGCUGAAGAUGCCGCUUCAGGAAGCGAGGGAGAGGGCGGCUUAUCAAGGAUUCUCUCAAGGAUCAGCCUGCAUCGGAGCCAUGAAGGUGCUUCGCAGCAAUCGUCCAGGAACCCUUCUCGCGCAACGACUCCAAACCCGCCUCAUUGAACCCGAUGAGGCUCGUUUGCGUCUCGAGCUUCGAACAGAUACCUCUCUUGUGCCGAAUUGGCGCAUCUGGCUUGCCCUCUCACUCUAGACGCGCGGCCUGACCCUCAUCGAACCUCGACUUCUCGCCUUUUUUUGCCAAUGUUGUCACCACCGAAUGCUGUCCCAUGGUCAGUCUGACCUUGCAAAGGGAUAAAUGUACAGGUAGAUGAUGCGCGACUCUACGAGCUUCUGUCGAGGAUUUUUCAGAGAGACUUUGUGGCCGAGAGGGACGCUCGAAGUCACCUGAGACUGACCUGCUUAGUGUACCACUG